CUGACUAGCUUCUGGCUAUAGGAUUCCAAAUGUGACUUUUUUAAAUAAAGGACAAAUUGGGGAAGUUCAGACAUCGUUUUUUUCCCCGACGGAGAAGCUACAAGUACAUGUGGCGAUUUCAUCCGCAAGAGUCAAGUGCACCAGCAGCAGCAGCAGCAGCUGUCUGUCAGCCCCCAAGUCCCCCUGCCCCUGAAUCAGCCCCAGUGCCCCCACAUGAGGAAGGAGGUGUUCAGGUACAUCGAGGCUUUCAACCACUUGUGACAGAUGAGCAAUGCACUGCUGAGAGGUCUAACGGAAGCAGAGCAAUCAGAACAUGAUCAAGCCAUUUGAUUAUGUACCGGUAAGUAUUGGCUAAUAUGAGUCAUGAAUGAUAUUUAUCUGCAGAUGUCGUUGAAGGUAUUGACUGAGUCCAUCAGCAAAUCCCUGACGCCACGCCCUACGUGCUGGACUUCAUGGCGGCCCUGUUGCUGGGAACAUUGGCAUGCUGGCUUAUUUCGCCGUGGACCACACUCGAGAACGAAAGAGAAGUGUUAAAGUGCAUCUUUUUGGUUUGGCACCGCCCACCUACUUCCCCACCUAUGCAUAUUUUAUGCUAAUGAGAAGGUACCCCAGCUCUUGAGGCUCUCCACCGGCUGCUUGAGGAUGAGCCUGAUGGAGCAGAGCAGGCAGCAGCGGGGGUCCAGCCAGAAAGUUUUUACCAGGUGAUGCUGUCUAAACCCGACUGAGGAGCCACGAAACACGAAUGGAUCGCUACUUAGUACUUAGCUGGAAAAGGGCUUUGCACUUAUUAUCUUUAUAUUUUAUCCUAAUUUAUCAAGUGCAACUAUCAAGCAAUGAAGUUGAAGUGGACCAUUUAAACUCAGAUGACUUUAAUAACCGCAGCAACAGGAUAAAGCAGCAGAAAUGGGACACCGCUUCCCAGGGAGAGCAGGAGCUCCAGUCAACAUCUGUUCCAUUAGUCUCCAACACAUCUGCCUUUAGGCAAACUCUAGUCAGCCAGACCACCACAUCCAAAGUGACCACCAGUGACUUGUCCCACACAAGCUCCAGCUCAGAAAAGAGACUGAACUCCAACUUUUCCACAUCUUCGACACCUCCAACACAUGUCACGAUACCAGCCAGAGCAGCACCAACCAAACAACAACAAGUUACCAUGGCAUCUCUCAGUCAGUCAGCGGAUAGAACAACAGCAUCUAGUACAGCUUCUCCUACCAAAGCGCCACUUACGCAAUCCUUAAUCAUCUUAGCAACAUCUAAGAAAACUCUUCAAUCAAGCAGCACGGCAGUAUCAUCGCACUCAGCACUAUCCAGCCCAUCUAGUCAAGCAACGACCACAACCCAAAUAAGUCAGUCACCAACCAGACAAUUACCAAUCAAACAAUCAAUACCAACCAAACCUCUGUCAAAUCAGUCACCACCUGAGAAAACCUUGAUGAGCUCAGUAAAACCAUCAAGCCAGUUAAUACUGAAUGCAACAGAAAACCCUGCCAGUGGAGUCUUCUUGCAAGACCGUCGUCCAAUUCAUGAUUCAGUAUUCACCAGAAAGGCAAAAGAAGCUCUGAAGUCAAGGUUUCACAUGAUGUCAGAGUCAUGUGCCUUUUCCUGCCUGAACGGUGGUUGGUGCACUCGUUCAGAGUCAUGUGAUUGCAGCUUGUUUCAGGCCACUGGACAGAGGUGUCAAACAGUUCCAAAUCCUGGUUUUGAGAGGGAGAUGGCAUGCAGGACUUGGGGUCAGUACAACUUUGAGACCUUUGAUGGCCUCUACUAUUACUUCCCUGGUCGAUGCACGUACACACUACUCAAAGACUGUGAGGAAACUACUGUGGCCAACAUCAUUGUUCAGGUGCACAAUGACCCAGACUGUGGUUCCGAACCUUACAGCUGCCAGCGCUCCGUCAGCCUCUACCUUCCAUGGGAGGGUGAGAUCCGGUUGCGCGCCACUAAUGUGACGUUCAAAGGGCAAAGUUUGCAGCUUCCACAACACAUCCAUGACCUGCAUCUAGAGCAGAUCUCUCAGUAUGUGUUAGUGACACAACCACAAGGCAUCACGCUGGCCUGGGAAGGACAAAGUGGCUCGGUUUACAUCAAACUUAGUCCAGAGUUUGUGGGCAGAACCUGUGGCCUCUGUGGGAACUUCAACGCAGAUACUCAAGAUGACCUCAGGACCAGCUAUGGUAUAAUGAGUCAUGAUCUGGAAAUGUUUGGGAACAGCUGGGUGGAGACAGCACCACUCCAGGCCCGGUGUCCCAUGGUGCCUUCUGGUUUCUCCUCACCUUGUGCAGCAGUUGAUGUGCAAGUUAUACUGAAAGUGGAGGAAGCUUGUUUAAUGCUGCUGGAUCCACCAUUCCAAAGUUGCAAUGACUUUGUCAGCCCUUUGUCCUACAUGGCCGGCUGUUUUAACAUCCUCUGCACGUCGGGCCCUACUGAGGAGGCAGUGUGCCAGGUGUUCACUGAGUACUCCAGAGCCUGCGCCCAUGCUGAGCACCCACUGAAUGCCUGGAGGGACCAUAUUCCUCAGUGUGCAAAGCAGUGUCCUCCAGGGUUACAGUACCUGGAAUGCAUCAGCGACUGCCCGGCGUCAUGCAACAAAGAGAGGACAUGCAUCGACAGCAGGCUGGCCUGCCUGGAUGGAUGCUAUUGUCCAGAAGGUUUCAUAUAUAAAGACGGGGGCUGUCUAACCCCUUCUGACUGUCCUUGUGAGUACCAUGGCGUCUUCUACCAGUCUGGACAAACAAUACAGGAGGAAUGCAACAACUGCACAUGCACAGCUGGAGUGUGGAACUGUACUGAUUACAGCUGCCCAGGUGAAUGCUCUGUGACAGGUGACAUGUAUUUCCAGUCAUUUGAUGGCCGUGUCUACACUUUCCCGGCAACAUGUCAGUAUGUCCUCGCUAAAAGUCGCAAAUCAGGAAAGUUCACAGUGACCAUCCAGAACGCCCCCUGUGGAGCUAAUCUGGACGGGGCUUGCAUACAGUCCGUUAACUUGGUAAUUGAUGAAGAUCCAAAAAUGGAGAUUACUCUAAGCCACAUCGGUGAGGUGUUCAUGGCUGGGCAGUACCGCAUCUCCCUGCCCUACUCUGAUGACAUCUUCCAAAUUCAGCAGCUCUCAUCCAUGUUCCUCCAAGUGAAGACAACAUUUGGCCUGCGUCUGCAGUACAGCUGGAAGGAAUUCCGUCUCUAUCUGCAGGCCAAUGCGCUGUGGAAGGACGACACAGUGGGACUGUGUGGAACCUUCAAUGGCAACAUUCAAGAUGACUUCUUGUCGCCUGCUGGUAUGAUAGAAAGCACUCCUUUUCUGUUUGGAAAUGCAUGGAGGGUUUCGUCAGCAUGUACACUAAGCCUUACCAGUCCUCAGCUGGAACCCUGUGACACACACCAACAGGCGGUGGCCUAUGCAUCCGAGAUGUGUGAUAUACUGAAUCAGGAUCUGUUCUCCUCCUGUCACGAGUACCUCAGUCCAGUGCUUUUCCACCAGCAGUGUCGCUCAGAUACCUGUAAAUGCGGAACAGCUUGCUUUUGCUCUGCUGUCGCUCACUACGCACGCCACUGCCGUAGAUUCUCUGUCAUCAUUGACUUCCGAUCGCGCAUACAUGACUGUGCAGUCACCUGUCCUUCCACCAUGCAGUAUGGCGUUUGUGUGUCAUCCUGUCAACGCCGCUGCUCCGCCCUCUCUUCUUCGCAGCACUGUGAGAGGGAGUGCGAGGAGGGCUGCGUCUGCCCAGAGGGAUUGUUCUACAAUGAACGAACACACCUUUGUGUGCACAGGAGUGAGUGUCCCUGCACGUUCCUUGGGGCUGAUUAUGAAUCAGGAGACGUGAUCAUGACAUCAGCAGGUGUUCAGAUGUGUACGGAUGGUAAAUUUCUGUUACAGACAUCAGAGGGUGACAGUUUAUGUCCGGAAGAUCAGCUAUACCACAACUGCUCAGAGGGUCAGAGCAGCCAACUUGCAGGAAGAGGUGUGACCUGUGAGCGCACCUGUGAAUCUUACCUGCUCAACCUUACAUGCUCUGCACAUGAGCCGUGUGUGAGUGGAUGUAUCUGUCCUUUUGGCUUGCUGAAACAUGGAGACGAGUGCUUUGAACCUAAAGCCUGCCCCUGCCUCUGGAAAGGAAAAGAGUAUUUCCCUGGUGACAAAGUGUCUUCCCCCUGCUACCAGUGUGUUUGCCAGCACGGGAUGUUCCAGUGUGUGUUUCAGCCGUGUCCGUCCAUGUGCACGACUUAUGGAGAUCGCCAUUACAGAACCUUCGAUGGCUUGCUCUUUGACUACAUAGGUGCUUGCCAAGUCUAUCUUGUAAAGAGCAGCGCGGAUGUGAUUCUCAGUGUGACAGCUGAGAACAUUGCCUGUUUUGACAAUGGCGUCAUCUGCAGAAAGUCACUGCUGAUCAACAUUGGAAGAUCAGUCAUAGCUUUUAAUGAUGACACUGGGCAGCCUCAUCCAUCCAGUGUCAUUGAAAUGAAUCAGAGGAUGCUCUUCUGGCCUGCUGGUUACUUUACUGUGGUUCAAUUCCCAGAAGAGGACGUUACCAUCCUGUGGGACCGUAAAACCACCAUUCACAUCCAGGUUGGACCUCGUUGGCAGGGGAAGUUGAGUGGUCUGUGUGGAAACUUUGACUUGAAGACAGUGAACGAGAUGCGCACUCCCGACAACAUUGACUCGACAACUCCACAAGAGUUUGGAAACAGCUGGACGACAACAGAGUGUGUCAGUAGCCCAGAUAUGAGACAGCCAUGCACCCUCAGUCCGCUAAGAGAGCCUUUUGCCAAGCUGCAGUGUGCAGUUCUGCUCAGUGAAGUCUUCCAAGCCUGCCAUCCAGUGGUGGAUGUGACCUGGUUUUACAUGAACUGCUUGGCAGACACAUGUGGCUGCAGUCGGGGAGGCGACUGCGAAUGUUUCUGCACCAGUGUUGCCGUGUACGCCCAACGAUGCUGUCACCAGGGUGUUCCUGUUGACUGGCGCUCUCCCUCUCUAUGCUCAUAUGAUUGUGAAUUCUACAACAAAGUUCUUGGUAAAGGCCCCUUCAGAUUGAUUCCUUUCAGAGACCGCACAAUGGUGCUGGUUGCCAGCAGGUCCGGCAGCGCUGUGAUUGUGAAACGAGGAAACUUUAGUGACGUCACUGGCACCUUCUCCCAUUUUCUGAUGACGCCAGGCCUCAGCAGAGCCCGACCACACGACACAUCCCGGAUCUCCUUUGAAGCAGCGAACAGACCCAAUCACUUCCUGUAUGUGAGCCCUGGUGGCCAGGUGAAGCUGGAUAAGUGGGAAGAUAGCAAGGAAUUCUGGGAUAGAGCCACCUUCGUGCUUCACAGGGCCACAUGGCUCUCAGGCUAUGACUCCCUGGAGUCCCAAGCAAAGUCAGGAUUCUUUUUACACGCCUCCAUCCCUCACCUCCACCUGCUCAAAUAUCGUCACACUGACAGCUUCCGCAAGGCUACUCUUUUCAGACUGACAGGCUCUGGCCCAGAUGCCCCACCAGGUCCACGUUGCCAGUGGAGAUACGACUCUUGCAUUAGUCCCUGUUUCAAAACCUGCAGUGACCCAUCAGCAGAAGCCUGUGUCUCCAUCCCACAAGUAGAGGGUUGCUUUCCUUUUUGCCCGCCACACAUGGUCCUUGAUGAAGUGACUCACCGGUGUGUCUAUGUCGAAGACUGUAUCAAAGCCCCAGUCAUAAUGCCCAUAAUUUCAACUAGUGUCCAGCCAAGUUCUGCAACUCUCUCCUCAACAACUACCGAAGUUGACUCUACUGCUCCACUCAAGACUGCCACUGUCCCUUCUGCCCCUCUGAUGACAGUUCCUACCACCAUAACCAGCACCACAACUCCAGCGUUGAGCACAUCAGCAUUUGCUCCCAUAAUACCAACAAUUCCCAAAGAGUCAAGCCAACCAAGCAUACCCUCACCUUCUGCAGUACCGGAACCUUCAAGCACAGCAGUCCCCCCUACUAUAAGGCCAGAGGUUGUUAAACCCAUUUCAACCCUAGCAGUGACUGAAGUCGAUUCUACUGCUAAGAGUGCAACCAUUAGCCAUUUUGGAUCCAGUACUUUCAGGUCAAGCAGUGCUCCCUUUGCAAUUACUUCUCUUUUACGGCUAACCUCCACUACCAGGUCCACUGACUCCCUCCAACCUCGCUUCACCACCAAAGAAUCACCACCCGUUCAAGCAUCUUCUACUACAGCACCAACCAUGCACUUUACUGAGGGACCAACCUCCACUUCACUUCUUGCUACUGAGGCUACAGAUGCUACACAUUCAGUAGUGGUGUUCCCAUUUGGAACCAUUUCUCAUACACCUUCAACUUUAAUUUCAGAGACUUUAACAGUGACAGAACAGACUAUUGUACCCAAAUCUACAAGCACUGCGCAUAAGGAAACCAGCAGCACAAAGCCUUUAACGGUGGGGGGAAUUCCUCCAACCCCUUCGACUGCACGCAUCACUCCUGCUUUACUAAGCACAAGCUCUUCAACCACUUCCUCACUUUUGUCUGUACCUAUCAAAACAACAGUAUCUAUGUCAACAGCAAAGACUACAGACUCAGUCAUUCCAGUUGAACCUUUUAAAACCAGCACGGUGCAGUUCAUUGGUCCAGAGACUACAGGACCUACUAUGUCUGCACUUACCACAGAGAAGACACUUUUAACAACUCCAGCUGCUCCUCCGAUACCACCAUCAACUCCAGUCCACGUCUCUCUGACUACAACUGUACAUAGUCCUACCUCAGCUGCUUCAGACUUGCAGGCAGCAAUAAAUACAACAACCAUACUUGAAUCUACUGUGUCCAAAACACCUUCUAGCAUCACAACAAUAGCUGUUCAGCCACCCCGUAAGCCUACAGACCAAAUUUCUGUGUCCACUGCAACUUUAAGACUUCCAGAGGAAGCAAUAGCCACCACUGUGGCCACCCAACCUGUAACAUCAACUGCAUCGUCAGUGUCCCCCAUGAAAACGACCUCACAGACCUCACCACCAUUGCGUCCUCCCUAUUUGGACACCUCUUCAACCCACUUGUACAGCCCAACAACAAAGACUACCCCAACACGGACCUCUCAAGCUGUUCCACUUGUCGUCAGUGGGACUAAAACAACUGAAGUACCUCGUCUUCCGGUAUCGAGGCCAAUGAUCCCCUCUGCUAUACCAGCUACUGUCACAACCACAAAAACUGCUAAAUCUACAUCUCUCAGAAUACCUACUGCAGAAUUUUAUACCAAGACACAAGUUACACCAGAGCGUCCCCCUGAGCCUAGUGUCCCAUCUGCUGUUAGCGCAACCCCGCUCAGACCUGUUACAGUAAAACCAGUCACAGAGACAACACAUCUGUUUACAAGCAGAAAGGAAUUGACAACAAGAGCCACAACCGUAGCAAUGUCAUCUUUGUCGCCACCUGGCACAACUAUUUCUCCUCCAACACCAAGAAAAACAACAUCCCCCGACAAAGUCACCACACGACCUGCAUCAACUGUAAGAUCUACAUCUGCUGCAAUGUCUACAACAAUCACACAGACAGCCUCCAUCAGGACAACACUAAGAGUUCCAGUCACGAGAGGUACACCCAAAAUCACUUCAACGGAGAAGCCAGUCACGACCAGGGUUACCAUGGUAACAAGACCUUUGCUAGUCACUACUACGCCUCAUCCAAGCACAAUAACUGGAGUCGCAGGAGUUCCAUCUGCAACCAUCACCACAUCAGCUGAGCCAUUGACUCCAGUGACCACAACAACACCUGCUGGCACAAUUUCAGUGCACACUUUGACUACUUCAUUGGCCACACAACCAAUGCCCGAUUCCACGCUUACAACAGUAUUUUCAGCUGGGCCUACAUUAGAACCCAGAAAGUCAACCACUCCAGUAUCUGUCCUGACAACCACAGAGCCUACAAGCACUUCCCAACGCGUGACUUCUCCACCCGAUAUGUCAAUCUACUCUCAGAAACCUGGCGUUCUUGCUCCUGCUAUAACUUCCAUUUUUGCAACCACAACAGUUCAAACGACUGCACUGGAUGAGAGGAAUCGCACCAGUCCGGGUGUAAUGACACCUCUUGUGCAAGUGGAAACAACAAGGAUGUGCGCACCUCCAUAUGUAGAGAUGGUCAAUGAGUGUACCAAGUACAUUUGUGUCAACAAUCAGCUCGUCCUUUUCAACAAAUCCCAAAGCUGCCCCUUUUCGUCUGAGCCACCAAACUGCGGCCUGCUUGGCUUUGCUGUACUGGUCAAUGGAGACAAAUGUUGUCCUCAAUGGGACUGUCCAUGUCGCUGCUCGAUGUUUCCAGACUUGAAUGUGAUCACAUUUGAUGGCAACAGUGUUGCCAUUUAUAAAGCGGCAUCAUUUAUAGUGGCCCAGCUGCCCAAUGAGACUGUCACUGCUCUGGUUCAGGAGUGUUCUGCUGGGUCUCAGUCACCACUUUUGGCAAAUUUUACCAACCUUUGUCUGAUUGCACUUAACAUCACCCACAAUUCCAACCACAUCGUCAUCGACAGGCUCCAGAGGAGGCUCUAUGUCAACUCACGGUAUGCCAGACCACGAUUUAAAAAGUUUGGUUUUGAGAUCUACGACACAGGCAGCAUGUACCUGGUUCGAAGCCCAGCUGGCCUCAAGCUACAGUGGUACCACAGCACUGGAAUGAUGGUGAUCGACAUCGACAGCCAGAGCAAGAAGCUGCCCGCCAUGGGCCUCUGUGGUUUCUGUGAUGGGAACCCAAGUAAUGACUUGACUUUGCCCAAUGGCACCACUGUUGAACGUGGUGAGGACCCAUCUCUCUUCAUUGACAGCUGGCAGGUUCCCAACACUACCAGCUACAUUAGUCACAGUCGACGUCGUGAGUUCAAUUGCUCCACCAGCGACUGCUCUCGGUGCUUGCUCAUGCUGCAGAGCCCUGCCUUCUUCCAGUGCCACACCUUUGUCUCUCCAAGUACAUUCUGUGAGGUUUGGGUCCAAGAUGUCGAGUAUGUAAACAACCAAUGUGUGGCGCUGGCUGCCUACGUGGCGUCUUGCCACAAAUUCAACAUCUGCAUUGAGUGGAGGAGACCCGAUUAUUGUCCCUUCAUGUGUCCUGACACUCUGCGUUACAAGGCCUGUCUGCCAGCCUGCACGUCUCAGUCCUGUCCCAACCAGGACUUUGACUCAGACCCAGACUAUUGCUCAGGCCUGACCGAGGGUUGUGUGUGCCCUGAAGGAACGCUGCUCCAUCGACCAUACUCUGCACUCUGCAUACCACCCAGCAAGUGUGCCUGCACUGACGGUGCUGGGGUUCCACGAGCCCUUGGGGAGGUGUGGAAGGCCUCUAAGGACGCUUGUUGCAUGUAUCGCUGCGACAAGGACACAAUCCUCCCUGUGGAGUACAACUGUUCCACCAUGGAGGGGCCUGUGUGCCAGCGGGCAGGGGAGGUGGUCAUCAGCCUGGCAGAAGACACAAGCUGCUGCCCCCGUAAAGUCUGUGUGUGUAAUCAGACCCUGUGUGACCUUGUACCUCCUGAGUGUAAAUAUGGGGAGAGGCUAGUGUCAUACUAUCGACAGGACUCCUGCUGCCCAGACUAUGUGUGUGAGUGUGAUCCCAAACGCUGUGAAUCUGAGAUUCCCACAUGCAGAAGCGACCAGACAUUAAUUGCCACCAGAACUGGUGAUAGCUGUUGUCUGGAUCACAUCUGCAUGUGUUCUACUUGUGUGGAUGCGCCUCCUUUCUGCCAGGAUGGGGAGGUGCUAACAGUGGAUGCAAACACCACGGGCCGCUGCUGCCCCACCUACCAAUGUGUAUGCGAGACCUACAGGUGUCCCCAGCUCAGUUGCCCUGUUGGGAUGUCAGCGGUGUCACUUUCCAGUGCAGGUCACUGCUGUCCCAAGCAAACAUGCGAAUGUUCCUGUGACAAGAUCACCCCUGCUAAAUGUGGAUUGGGAGAAAUUGCUGAGUUGGAUGGGGUUUUCCUGUCUGACCCACGCAACCUGUGUGCCUGCAAAAGGUACAAAUGUGUGCAAGAGGCAGUCUGUGUGUAUGGGGAGCGAAGAGUGCUGCGGCCCGGUCAGACCCUGGUAGAACGCGGCAAAGAUGGCCUUUGUCACAGCAGACAGUGCAGCCGGGUGCUGGACAUGUCGAGUGGUUUGCACUUACUGCGCACCAGCAGCACCAACUGCUCAGCCCACUGCCAACAGAAUCAGAUCUACGUCCCUGCAAAAGAGCCGUCAACUUGCUGUGGAGUUUGUAAGAAUAUUUCCUGCCUCUAUGCUCAUGAGAACGGAUCCACUCUUCUUUAUAAGCCAGGGAAAUCUUGGAUGUACAACUGCAUGAAAUUUGAAUGCAUAAACACGCUGUCUGGACCAACACUCAUCUCCUACCCCUUUAGCUGCCCCCCUGUCAAUGAAACAGAGUGUAUGAAGAUCGGAGGGAGUGUCGUAAGUUACAUGGACGGAUGUUGCAAAACAUGUACUGGAUUCCCUCUGUUCCCUUUCUCUGUUAGCUCCCUGACUCCCACAUUAAACACAAACUGUGAAAGAGGCAAAGAAGACGGCAAACCCUGUCAGAAGGUGACAGUCAGGAUGACGAUCAGGAAGAAUGACUGUCGCAGUAACCGGCCGGUGAACAUUGUGUCAUGUGACGGGAAGUGUCCGUCUGCCAGCAUCUACAACUACAACAUCAACACAUACGCUCGCUUCUGCAAGUGUUGCCGAGAGAUGGGGCUGCAGCGGCGCUCUGUGCAGCUCUAUUGCAGCGGCAACUCCACCUGGGUCAGCUACGCCAUUCAAGAGCCCACCGACUGCUCCUGCCAGUGGUCCUAGAAAUCAUGCUGCAAAUAACACUCCCCAAAAACACACACACAUACGUAAACAUAUGUUCAGGUCUAUCUGGGUGGGCAGAGCUGAUAAGUACAAUCAUCUUUGCUUGCUGCAAAUAUAUUGCAGUACUGGCCAGGAAGUAAUGGCUGCAGUUGUACCUCCCUGGCAGCUGCAAACACACAAAGCACUGUGACAUUUGACCUCCGACCUCUCGGGGCUAGUGAGAGACAGAUUUACUUUGCAGGGAUAGACAUAGUCACAAAAAGGACUUACUACAGUAAAGAGCCAAAAAAAAACAUCACUUGAGUUUUAUCUGUGAGAGUCAAGAGACUUCCAUUGUGAGCAGUGUGUGCAUUUAUUUGGAAAUGCAUAAAUUGAAUAAAACCACUAUUCACAUAAUUUUUUCACCUAUCAGUAUCCUUGUCCAUUAUUUUAUCGGACAAGGAAAAAAACUAUUAUUGCAUUGUUAGGCUUUGUUUCACCACUAGUUUUUUUGUACUUUAAAGCAGGAGUCUCAAACAAGUGGCCUGCAGGAACAAUAACGUGUCUCUCUACUUAACUCAAUAAUUAAGUCUAACUGUGGCCCACGCACCCUAGGCAGCUAACACUUACAUAUAUUAUGACAAUCUUAAAUCCCCACUACAAAGAACACUGUAUAAUAACAGCGCAAACACCAAAAUUACAGUGCAAUAAACACAUUGGGCAACACUAGGUACCUUUCACAUUUGAACCAAUACAGUACUAAAUCCUGGUACCUGGGAAUCAAUGCUGGUCCCACUUCAAGGUUCUUUUGUGUGUUGAUAAAUGUUAAUUGUUAAAUAUAAAACACAUUUUUUUAAUGUAACUUUUAAAAAUGAGCUGAUUAGGAAAACUGUGCUGUCCAGUUGUUACAUCUUGUUUUCGUAUGACUUUUCUGAGUCUCAUUGGCAAGUAUUAUAUAGUAGACCUUGCAUGCAAUUCAAAGACGUUUUGAUGGCUGCAGUGUGUAGGCUACAGUGGGUUGCUUAGCUAGGAAAUAGUCUUUGCCAUAAAGCUGAAUGUGCCAGUCUAGUCUGUUGCGCCAUUCACAAUGUUUGUACUGUAAGGGCUUGAUUUACUAAGAUCCAAAUAUCACACGCUAAACUGCAUGUGCAAUCAAAAAAUUGCGUCUUGCGGGUGAUCUACUAACACUGGGUGGGCAAUUGAAAAGUGGUGCAUACCGCCUUAUUUAAAUGAGGAUAUUGCGUGCAUUCAGGGCUUUUACCGCGAAGACACUUGAUCAUUUUUUGCACAUUUAUGUUUAUCAUGCUCCUACCUGUGUGCGAUGUAUUGAACCAGCAGCACACAUUUAUAAUCUGUAACACAUUUUCUGAAUCGCAGUCUUUACGACAGAAACAUUUGCACACUGACACUCACCAUAUUUUCCGGACUAUCAGCCGCUAAUUUUUUCCUUCGCUUUGGUACCUGCGGUUUAUAAAACGGUGCAGCUAAUUUAUGGAUUUUUCUUCGCUAACGGCCAUAAUGUUUUGUAUUUAAUAAAUAGUUUUCAAUACUGACAGAGACACCGAAAAGGUGUGUUAUUGUUUGUGCUAUGGUGCCAUCUUUUGGACAAGUUUGCUCACUGCAGGUGCUGCGAGUUGAAAGUGUACUCCCUGUUUUGUUCCUUGAACCGGAAGUAUUCGUCCAUAGUGUUUCUGUUCGAAUUCAUUCAUCACUCCAAGCAACGUUUGUAAGUUUUACAAUAUAACUAAAACAAUUCAUACUUACUAAACCGUCCCAUGUGUGACGUCUGUAGAAUUGUUAUCAUGCAUAUUUGUACGUGCUAUGGUAAUGUCAUUAAGCUAGCAACGAUAGCAUUAGUGAAUAUGCUAACAGGUUAACAAGUGUCUGUGUUAGUAUUAUUAACUUACACUGCACUUCCUUUUUUUAAUAGUUUCAGUUUCGUAAAUUCACCAAAACGUCACCGUGGAGUUAUUGAGUCUGUUAAGCAAUUUGCAGAGUGAACUUCCGCAGCUAGUGGGUCCCUGACGAUGACUUCUGUUUUUCUUGAUCAACCGUUUCACUGCCAUGUUACAGGCACCGUUUGGCAACAAUUACAAAAUGGUCCGGUGCAAAUAAUAUAUGCAAACAAUUGUAUUUCUUCUAAAAUUGGGUGGGUGCGGCUUGAAUACCAGUGCACUCUAUAGCCUAGAAAGUACAGUCAUUUUGUGUGCGAGGUUGUGGAUCGCAUCACCAGUGCAUUCGUGCUUCUGAAAUGACUCAAACACAAGAAACUGCAUAACUGUCAGAGAUAUUUUAUAGUAAUAUAUUUCCUAAAUAAACAAAACGAACAACUUAAAAAAAAAAAAACGCCAACAGACACCAAAACUCAUCAAUUGAAUUAAUUUUAAUUAGGCCCUUUAGUCAUUCAGUAGCUAUAAGAUAAGAUAAGAAGUAAUUGCUGAAUAAACGAUAUGUCUAAUAUUUUUUUUAUUAGGGUCGGUCCAAAUAUGUUGAAACACACACGUAGAAUAGAGGAUUCUCUGUCCAUCGUCUGUCUCUGCAGCACGGGCUCCUCUUUUCUCACAGCCGUGUGUGUCUUUGUCAGAUAGCUCGUCCUUUUCACACGUGCUAAAUAAAACGCAAAAUAGAGCUCCCAAAAUGGUGAAGAGUGUUGAUAAAUCAAAUUUUAUCCAUCCAUUUUCUACCGCUUGUGCCUUUCGGAGUCGCGGGGGGCGCUGGAGCCUAUCUCAGCUGCAUUCGGGCGGAAGGUGGCGUACACCCUGGACAAGUCGCCACCUCAUCGCAGGGCCAACACAGAUAGACAGACAACAUUCACACUCACAUUCACACACUAGGGCCAAUUUAGUGUUGCCAAUCAACCUAUCCCCAGGUGCAUGUUUUUGUAGGUGGGAGGAAGCCAGGGUACCCGGAUGGAACCCACGCAGUCACGAACAUGCAAACUAAAUAAUUACUUUUGCAUUUUCUCCUCCCAGUAUUGUGGGCAUUUUGUUUAUCAGCAUGUGCUCUGCAUAUUUAUCAAAAUAUGGCAUCGUUGGAUCUUACGUAAAUCGCCACUCGAUACUAACGACGAAAUUCGAUCGGUGCCUAAAAAGUACCGAAUUUAGUACCCAUUCCUAUGAGACACAACGAGCAACUUCCUUUAGGAAAGCAGACGUGUGGGGAACUCAACACGUCAAUAUGCAAUUUCAACGUCCUAGUUAAUAUUUAUGAUGACUUAAAGGGGAUGCAAAACCAACUUUUUUACCAGUUGCUCCCUGUUUUUGUGUGUUUGGAAGUCUUGAACAUUUUCAAUCGAACCAUAAAGGAAGACAUGUCGGAAAUAUUUAUUAAAAAAUAUAUAUAUAAAUAUAAAAAUAUGCCUUCAUCCAUUCGAGACGUUUGGAAUUCAUAAAUUUAGUGACAUGUGACUGGCCCUAACAUUCACAUGCAUCCUCGCAGUUGCCAUUGCUAAUAAAAAGUAGCGUGUAGUUCUAAUUGAUAUCUGUCAGUAGACUCAAUAUGGAAGCGCUAAAAAGUACAACAUGGUAGCAUGGUAGCAAACGCAGUUGAAAGAGGCUUGGCCUGGAGGCACAAAAAUAAGACCGCCCCAAAAAAAACGGCGAUUCUGAAGAGACAGUCAGUAAGUGGCUUAAAGAUGGUCUGAAAAACAUAAUCUAUGCAGACUUUUGACCAAAGAUACACCAUUACAUGUUAUGUAGACCGCAAGGAAGUGUUUUAAAUGUAGAAAACAAAUCACAACAGGACCACUCUAAGGCCUAGCACUGUAGCUGCUGGUACAUUUUGUCACGUGGUUAAAUCACGAUUUUUUACGCCCAACCUGCCCCCGACUGAGGUAAACUGAGUUUGAGACCCCUGCUUUAAAGCAUUUUGUAAUACUUAAGUAGGCUUCCAUCUGCCUGAUGAUAUUUAAUGGUGAAUGAAGGAUAAAAGAUGAGUGACAUUUGUUUGUAGUUGAAUUUAUUCUAAGAGUGUCCCUCUACUGUAUCUCCUUGGUGGUCCAUCUUAGAAACAUUUUAAGGAGAUGGGAAACAUUAUUUACUGUAUUCUUUACUAUAUAAGAUUAGCAAUAGUGAGUUAGAUUUGUAUCCAGCUGUACAUGGGGCACUUUAUUUAUUUAUGAGAGAUUGAUAAAGCAUGAAUAUGUGUAUCACCUAUCCAAUACAUAUGAUUUCAUUUAUUAUAUUUGGUUUUAAAGUCUAUUUCAAAACAUGAAGUGAGCGGGAGAGUUUUGUGUGCUAAAAUGUUGAAUCACACAUGUUGUAAAUAUUUCCUUGUUUACUGGGUUUCUGCUAUUUCUGGACAAUGUGUAGUAAAAUAUCAUUGGUAAACAUAUUUCUGUCAUCCACUAGUCAAAGUCAUUUUCUAGCAAUUAGGCUAUAAAUGAUCGUCUGAGCUUUGAUUCAUGCAGGUAGAACUGAGAAUACAAAUGAAACACGAUUAAAGCUAAGAUUUAAUUAUAAAUGGGGCACCACUUCAUGUAACAUAAUACCAAAGACCCGACGUGUUUUCACAAUAAUUGAUGAUCCAAUGCUUCUUAUGUGCAAUUCUACUCUACCUGUAACUCCUUCAUUGCGACCUGGGACCCAGCGUAAUGAAGCCAAAUUUUUCUGGCCCGCCACAAAUAGAUUUGGACCGGCACAAUUUGGUGCUGCUGUACCUGUUAUGUGGCAGGAUGAAUUGUAACUGCUGCUCAGCCUAACUCAUUUCAGGAACAAAAUGUGGAUUUUAGAAUUGGUUGGACACAACUGGCUUGCAAACAGGGAGCGUGGUUUGAAGAGAUUAAAUGCAUGUUUUGGAGUAAUAUGAAUGGGAAACAAACUAUUCAAUAUUUUUUUUUUGUACAA